AUGGCAUCAGCGUUGCCCUCCGCCUCGUCGGCCACUACGUCGUCGGCACCUCUCAGCGUGGAAAAAAUCAGCAAAAAGGCACAGGAAUAUGAAUUCAAUCGGUUGAUACCUCUUCGUAAUUGGCUCCGCUCCUCUGCGGCAUUGUUUAAGGAGGCUCAAAUCUAUGAACGAGAAGGAAACGAUGAGCAGGCCUACCUCCUUUUUUUCCGCCAAGCGGAGCUUGUACUUGUCAAGCUCGCGACACACCCCGAAGCCAGGGACGGGGCAAACCGGAAGGCGUUGAUGGAGGCGGAGGAGCUGGUCAAGACAAGUCUCGAGAAACUGGAGGUCCUCAAGCCUCGAAUCAACAAGCGGUAUGAGCGGUACACGAAGCUAGUGCGUGAGCGAGAUUCACGGAGAUCGUCACAACUGGCAAACCAGAGUUCGUUACCACGAGCACCGACACAUGCCGAUCCAGCUCUCGCCGGGGUUGCCAAACCCUUGGAGGCGGGAGAGAACAGAGACUUGGCCGUGCGGUUGGCAAAGACGGAGAUCAGCAGACGUGCCACCGUCCGGAGGGCGAUCCGUCAAGCAGGCAUAUCCGAGGAAGUGGAACGCAGCCGACGGACCGGUGGACUGUGGACUGAUUGGGAGAACACGUCGGACAGUACUGGCUCUGGAGCUGGCGAUGACCUGAGCAAGCGGAUUCAGGAAUUGCGCGUCAACCUUGAUCAGGGCUCUCACCAGCACCCGACUGCCCGGCCAUCUGCCGUUUCACCAUCGUACAAAUAUCCGACGGUUCCCCAACAGAAGUCGGUGGACACUGUCCCGCUUCCACCCGUCAGCAUUUCAGGCGGGUCAGUCCGUCUCGAUCCGCCAAAUCUGCCUCCUAAAGAACAGAUUUUAUCCAGGGAUCAAUUUGGCUUUGACGGGCUACCGCCACGACCAAGUAAAUUUCUUGAAGCGCCUGCUCUCCCUGCGAAGAUUGAGCAAAACGAAACAUCUUCCCCCGCGGAAUUGGAUCCAGGGCAUUUCACGUUCAAGCCGUCUGCGUAUCUCGAGAAUGGGACACCCUUGCGCACCGUCUUUCUCCCGCCGGAUCUUCGAACACGGUUCCUUGCAAUAGCUGCCCCAAAUACGCGCAACAAUCUAGAGACAUGCGGCAUCCUGUGCGGGACGCUAAUUUCCAAUGCGUUGUUCAUCUCGAAAUUGUUGAUUCCCGAGCAAACAGCCACCUCCGAUACCUGUGAGACAGUCAAUGAAUCGGCCAUCUUUGACUACUGCGAUUCCGAGGACUUGAUGGUGCUCGGGUGGAUCCACACCCAUCCCACCCAGACUUGUUUUAUGAGUUCUCGCGACCUACAUACGCACUGUGGCUACCAGGUGAUGCUGCCAGAAAGCAUCGCCAUCGUCUGUGCGCCCAGUAAGAGUCCAGACUGGGGUGUGUUCCGGCUCACCGAUCCCCCUGGGCUGAAGAGCGUCCUGAAUUGUACCCAGACGGGGCUCUUCCACCCACAUACAGAGCCCAAUAUUUAUACAGAUGCUCUGCGACCGGGUCAUGUUUUUGAGGCCCGUGGAUUGGAGUUUGAAACAGUUGACCUUCGUCCGGGAAGCUAG